AUGUCUUUCUCUCAGGAGAGACAGUCCGGUCACAGCUCGGACGAGUCUCGUUUAUCACCAUCUCCGGGUCCUGACUCCUCAGGCAACGAAGCCCUCAGGGAACCCCAGGUUGAGAAACCAGCACCAGACCCUUCCCCUCGUAACGUUCAUGGUGUCAAGUGGUUCCUCGUUGUCUGCGCCCUUCUCUCCGCCCUGUUCCUCUACGCCCUCGACAACACCGUAGUCGCCAAUGUUCAAGCCAAAGUCGUAGAGACGUACCAACGCGUUGAUCUUGUCCCCUGGCUUGGUGUCUCCUUCGCCCUCGCAUCGGCCGCAACAACACUUCCCUGGUCCAAAGCCUAUGGCACAUUCUCGGCGAAAAAGCUCUUCAUUGGCUCAACUACCGUCUUCAUGGGUGCAUCUGCCCUCUGCGGUGGUGCUCCCGAUAUCAACUCCUUCAUCGUCGGUCGCGCCAUCGCUGGAGCGGGAGGUUGCGGCAUGUACAUGGGCCUUUUGACACUCUUGUCAGUCACCACUACGAACGCCGAGAGACCAAAGUAUCUCAGCCUUACGGGCUUUAUUUGGGGUAUCGGUACUGUUCUUGGCCCUGUAGUUGGAGGAUCGCUGGGCGACAGUAGUGCGACUUGGCGAUGGGCCUUUUACCUGAACCUCUUAGUCGGUGUUGUCAUUGGACCAAUUUACGUCCUUCUCCUCCCUGACUUUAAGCCUCAAGCUGGUGUCCCGUUGACUAGCCGCCUGGCUCAGAUCGACUACCUCGGCACGGCUCUAUCCAUUGGUUCCGUCCUAUGCCUCAUCAUGGCGAUGAACUUUGGUGGAGUCCUUUGGAGCUGGGAUGCAGGCAGGAGCAUUGGUCUGUUUGUGACCGCUGGUGUCUUGCUCAUCCUGUUUGUCCUCCAGCAGAUCUUCCAGAUUGGCACCACGUUUGAGAACAGAUUGUUUCCCAUGCAUUUCUGGAAGAGCCGUACUAUGAUUUGUCUCUUCUUUACAAUGAUGCUGGCAACGUUUGGUAGCUUUAUCGGCAUUUUCUACCUGCCACUGUACUAUCAGUUCACUCGCGGAAUCACGGCUGUAGAGACAUCGGUCCAUCUGUUACCUUUCAUCCUCUUCCUCGUCGCCUUCAACUUGUUGAACGGCCAAUUCAUGGGCCGAACAGGAUAUUACUAUCCUUGGUACAUUGUAGGCUCCUUGAUGGAGCUCAUUGGUGGAGUUUUAAUGUAUACCGUCGAUGAACAUACAUCCAAUGCCAAGAUCUACGGCUACACUAUAAUCCUCGGUACUGGCGUUGGCUGUUUCUGUCAAGCUGGCUUUGCAGUCGCCCAGAUGAAAGUCAAGCCCACCGAGAUCCCUUACAGUGUUGGCUUCAUGACAGUCGGACAGAUGCUCGGUAUCGUAUUUGGCACUGGCAUGUCCGGUGCCCUGUUUGUCAACUAUGGUCAGCAAGCUCUCCAACGCGUCUUUCCCCACGUCCCCAAGACUGAGAUUGCGGACGCUCUCGCCGGUGUUGGUAGCGGACUCAUCGACUCUGCAAAACCUGACGUAAAGGCAGAGGCUAUCCACGGCAUCACGAGAGCGAUCCAACUCGCAUACGUACCUAUCAUCGCGGCCGGGUCUAUUUGUCUAAUCUGCAGUCUUGCGAUGAGGAGGGAGAAGGUGUUCCAUUAA